AUGUCCGCAGCUUCUAACCAUCCUAUUCCCCCGGAUCCCUCUUCCCCAACCACUGGGGCUGUCCGACGCCACCACACCAUCUCAGCUCAUUCGCGAAGCGCUCGUGCCAGUGCGAAGGAAGUCAUCUCGGAGGAGACCCAGGAACAGCAGCAUGCCAUUUGGAACGAUGACGAGGUUGUCGACCAGGAUUGGGUUGGAGGCGUUGGGGCAGUCGGAGAAAAGACUUCACUUCACCGACAGAGCUCUCUUCCAACCCGUUAUCAUCGCGGGUUUCAAAACCAGGCAGGCAAGUCAGGAAACACGGCCCCUAAAACGAUUAAUAGUCUUGCCGCUAUCACUGGCAAUGAAGGCGAUGAAGAAGUGUGGAGAAUUGGCGAUUAUGGCCCAGAGGAAGACGACCACUCCUCCACAGAACAACGUCCACAACACCAGCAGAUUAUCGACGUCCAGGCCCAAGCACAGUCAAAUAGCUCACCUCUUUCUUCUCAUUUCACUAAUAAUCCGUCGCCACCACCAGCCGAAUCUGGUGUUAGACGUCACGUUUCCAUCACAUACGGAGCAGUUGCUAGCAAUGCUCGUAAAACUUCCACAGGUUUAAGACGAUCCGGAACUUUGCAAGCCAGUCUACCUGCUCAUUCGCAAAACUCAACUCCACCAGAGCCAGCUGAACAAACGGAAGACGAGGAAUACGUCUACGAACAGGAAGAUCAAUCCGCCUACGAUGAGGACUAUUAUGCUAGGUCGCAGCAGCAACAGCAACAGCAACAACAACAACAACAACAACAGCAGCAGCAGCAGCAGCAGCAGCAAUACCAGCAAUAUAAUAACACACAAGUCGGCCGAACUUCUCCCUGGUCAUCUGCAAAUGAAUGGAGACAAGGGGCGUAUGGUAGCAAUGGAAAUGCUGCCAUUGACGAUGUUCAACGUGCCCUAUCUGCUCUCGAACUAGCCAGUAGCCAAAGCAAUAAUUCCGUUGGGUAUGGUAGCUAUCAGCAAACAUCUCAAGGUGCCAAUGCACCACCGCGGUUCAAUUCUGGGCAAUCCGCUCCGCUACACCACCAGUCGACUGGGUCUCGUGGAAGCAACGGUGGCAACGGCAACAAUGGAAAUGGAAACAAGAUUCAAAUGGGCAACGAAUUUGAUGGUCGAAAGACCCCUCUAUCGCAACCUCAACGCGGAGGAUUUGGCCAACAUCAAUCAGGCCAAAGGGAGGGAGAAAGUCUCCGUGGACGGGCAUCUAAUCCCAACCUCCAAUACGGAUAUCAGCAAGGAGGUUCGGGGCAUGUCAAAAGUAACAGCUCAGGCAGCAAUGCUACCCCUGGAUCGUCUGGAAUCGUGCCGAGCGUACCACCUAUUCCGCAACAGUACCUUCAGCAAGGACAAGGAAAUCGGCCUGGGCUUGGGGUAGCGACCACCUUCGCUUCAUCUUCCACUGGCCCGUCUGCCGUUCCUACAGGCCAAACACCUGUUCAACCUUUCGUCAAUACCCCGAUUGAUGUGCCUACAUUGAUCGCUACGAAAGGCUAUAAUCCAGCUCAAUUCGACACUCGCCCACAAUUUGCACGAUAUUUCGUCAUCAAAUCAUAUACUGAAGACGAUGUACAUAAAUCUCUGAAGUAUGAAAUUUGGAGUUCCACCGACCCUGGAAAUAAGCGACUUGAUAAAGCUUUUAAAGAUACGGCUGGCCGAGGUCCUAUCUAUCUAUUUUUUAGUGUCAAUGCGAGUGGUCACUUCUGCGGAAUGGCCGAAAUGUUAACACCGGUGGAUUAUACAAGGAGCAGCACAGUAUGGGCCUCUGAUAAGUGGAAAGGAGUGUUUAAAGUACGAUGGAUUUUUGUUCGCGAUAUUCCCAACCUGAAUCUGAGGCACAUCAAGUUGAACAACACGCAGGAACGAAAGCCUGUAACUAAUUCACGAGACACUCAAGAGUUGCUUCCUGAUGCCGGGCAAGAAAUGUUGAGAAUUUUCCACACACACCCUGCCCGAACUUCUUUGCUGCAGGACUUCGCAUUUUACGAGCUCCAAGCUAUGCAAAAAAUGCAGGCCACUGGAGGGGCUACUUCUCCAUCUCCACCAUCCUUGCAUUCACCUCAAUUGCCGUCGACCAUUGUCCCCAAUACCAGUGCUAAUUAUAACCCUAACAACUACCCUGUGCAGCAAAUGACGCCAAUGAUGCAGAUGGGUAUGGGGAUGAACAUCGGUCUUGGUAAUACGGGUCAAUUCGGAGGCGGUCAGCAAGGUUUACACCAUCAGUCCCAGGCCAUGCAUCAGAGCGUCAUGAGGCAUCCUAGUCCAGCUCCGGGACAAGCAGUCCAGCAAGGAGGCAACCAAGGUUACAACCUCGUGUAUCGUUUUCUUCCUUUCUUCACACCGCAUCUGUGCAACGUGCCGGAUCGCAUUCAGGCCAAAGAGGUCAGAAUCUGGGUGAAACACCUCGACACAUCUGGCAACUUGUUCCCCAUAGAAUUUCUAAACUACAUCGGCGUAAUGGCUGCCCGCAUAAUACACCCAAUAUCUGCCCUGGAGUUUGCGCAUAUGGUACGGAAAUGCAUGCCUCCUGUAGGCUGGUCAGAUACCAUCGGUGGGAGCAUUGCGAACUCUGGCGGACCUGAUUCAACUUGCCUGAUGUUUCUCUUCAACAGACUUAUCAAUGAUACAAAAACAAUGAAUGCAGAUGAAUCUCUUCCCAAAAAUAUCGUUUCUCUUACGAUAGACCACGACCUACAAGCAAGCUCUGCUGAUAUGGCUACUCAUGCGUCCAGGAUAGCCCAAAGCCUUGGUGUGCGGCAUAUUACGAAAAAGUUAGAUUGGAAAAGAAGCAGGCCCGGGCCAGGGGAUUCGAUAGAAGAACUAGCACGAGACAAGCGUUAUGAUACAUUGCUGGACUUGAUCAUUGCCUGCAAUGCCAAUUCUUUGGCAAUGGGACAUCAUUGCGACGAUCAAGUAGAAACCAUGCUUAUGCGCCUUGGGCGAAGUUCCACCAAAGUCGGACUUGGUGGAAUGCGUCCCUGCCGUAGAUGGGGAAUGGGCAAUGAAAUUAAGGGAGUACCCAACAGACAGCUGCAGGUGGAACAGAUGAGAAGGUGGAUUGUGAGACCCCUCUUGUCUGUCGGCAAAGAUCGAAUUCUUGCUACAUGCGAAGAAAACAAACUUGAAUAUGUGUCUGAUCCAACCAACUUUCAACCACAGUUGACCAUCCGAAAUGCUAUCCGGCACGUCAUAAGCAAUGAGGUCCGGGAUGACUUGGACUAUCCCAGCUUCCCUCAUAUCAUUAAUUUGCAAUUGAAGCAAAUCAAUGCAACUGCUGCCAAAGAUUUCAACGGUGCCUUCGAUCUCACAUCAGGUAUUGAUCAUCUUAGGAAGGUCAGUAUGGACAUGAGUUCCGCCGUAGAAAAGAUGGACCUGCGUGUUAAUGAAAUGAUCCCAAAGUGUAGAAUUCCCUCAUCCCCCGGAACUUUUAUGAUAUCAGCGGAAGCUCUCAGCAAAAUUCCAUCGCCUGAUCUCCGCGAAGCUUUGUUAUAUCGUAUAGUACGAUACGUUUCGCCGGAACCUUGGGGGAGUCCCAAAGCCGAAUUGGGGAGAAGAAAAGUGGGUAUGCUUAGGCUAUGGGAACAUCUGUCUAGCUACAAGCAGCAUCUUUCGCGAAAUAACAGUUCGAUUUGCGUCGGGUCGGGAGUAUGGUGGCGAUUGGUGACGACAGUGAACGGGCGUCUGCGUAGCGAAGUUAGGAAUGUAGAUCCCUCCAACCUGGCAUGGAUUGCCCUUCGACAACCACCAAGUCGAUCAAUCAGAGUUCCAAACUAUGCUCGUUUCGACAUAACACGCACAGUGCUCGACACAAGGAACACUUGGCUAACACAAAGCAAGUCACCAUUAUCGGAAAUGGUAUUCGACAACCGUUUCUUGCUCCAGUUUUCCGUUGACAAAAUGCCAACAUCUCUUGUGAAACUAUUGGAACAAGGUGCGCUUCUUGUUGUCGAGCCCCGAGGAAUUUGGCGCAUUCCAGAAGUUAAGUUACACAAUGUAAACGGCCUAGCUCGGAAACUCGUACAUACUGAAGUUAAACAUGGACCGUUCUCUGUGGACUUGGAAUUGGGAUCGGAGACUUACAUCAAACUUGAUUCUGGCUGGAUCACUAUGGAAUAUUUCAGGCCAAUCUCUGCCAUAUGA